AUGUCAACUGGAUUAUUAAAUAAAGUAAUUUCAUCUAUUUUUCUUGGUGGAUCAACUUACUGUCAUUGGGUUGGAGAAAAGAUUAAAAUGUUUUCAUCAAUAAUAGGGGAUAGUUUAAAUGAAAGAGUUGAAAUAAUUAAAUUAUUUGAAUAUUCUUCACUCGAAUUUGAAAAGCAAGAUACUUUAGAAGCUAUUAAAAAGGGUAACUUUCUUACAUUUUUAUUAUUUAUUUUGGUUUUAACAUUGUUAAUUAUAAUUGAUAAAAGAUAUGGAUUUCAAAGUAGAAGAAAGAAACAACAAUUAAAGAAAGGAAUUAGUAUUAGUAGUGGUAGUAUUGGUAAUAAUAUUAGUAAUAAUCUUCCAAUGGCAAUGGGAGGAAUUAGAAAUAGAUAUAAACAUAGAACUAGAAAAUCAAUUGGGUCAUCGUCAGAGAUGAAAUCACAAAUACCCGAUAUCCAACUCCUCCAAAAUAAAAGAAAUCAAAGGGAAAGUUUACAUAUUCAACAUCAAUUAGAAAAUGAUAUCUACAAUAAAAAUAAAUUAAAACAAUCUCUUCAAGGUACUCAAUUAUUAUUAACAAAUAAUAUUGAAAAUGAAAAAGAAAUAAAUAAUAAUAAUAAUGAAAAUAGUGAUAAUAAUGAUGAUAAUAAUAAUAUUGAAAAUAGUAGUAAAAAGAGUGAUAUUGGUAAAAACAAUAAUAAUAUUAAUUUAACAACACUUAAUGGAGUUGGUGGUAGUCAAAUGUUUAAAAGUUUUAGAGAUAGUGAAAAUGGUAGUUUUAUAAACUCAAGUAUGGAGAGUAUUAAUAGUUUAAGUACAAGUAGUUUGGAGGGUAGUACAAAUAGAUUAUUGACAUCACAGGAAAGUGACGAUAAUUUAUUACACUAUCAUCAAGAAGAGGCAAGAAAGUUAGUGAAUCAAAGUAUUAGAGAUAAAUCCAAAGCUAAACAAAGGGCUACAAUUUUAAAUUCACCAUUAUUAGAGGACUUAUAUAAAGAUAAAAAAGCAAAUGCUCCACCACAAUUUAAACGUAUCAGAUCUUCAAAAAAGAAUAAUUGUUAUUCUUAUCAAUCUUCAUCAUUAUUUAAUUCAAAUACAAUUACACGUAGUAAAUUAAAUAAUAAUAGUAAUAAUAAUAGUAAUAAUAAUAAUAAUAGUAAUAUUAAUAAUUCACCAUUACCAACAAUUGGUGUAGUGCAACCACCAAUUUCACAAGCAUUAUCAUCAUUUAAUAAUAAUUUUAAUACAAAUUCAUUUAAUAGUAAUAAUUUAUUACCAUUUUUUAAUGCAAAAAUUGAUACAACCAAUUAUAUUCCAACUCAAACAUUUGGUUAUAAUUAUAAAGGUGUAAAUAAUUUAAAUAAUUUAAAUAAUAAUAUAGAUAAAAUUAACAACAAUAAUAAUAGUGAAAAUAAUAAAAAUAAUUUUAAUGGUGUAAAAAGUGCCCCAUUAUCUCCAAAUCAUCAUUUAGUUGAAAUCGUUGAAUAUAAAGUACCAACAUUAUCACCAUUCAUAUUAAAAUCAACUCCAAACCAACAACAACACUCACCAACUAUAAAUAAUUGUAGCAUUUCAAAUAGUAACAGUUUAAGUAGUAAUUUAUUAUUAUCAGUUGAUGAAUUUUUAGAAAAGAAAACAAAAGAACAAGAAAUUAUAAAUAAUAAAGUUAUAAUUGAUAAUAAUAAUAAUAAUAAUAAUAAUAAUAAUAAUAAUAAUAAUAAUAAUAAUAAUAAUAAUAAUAAUAAUAAUAAUAAUAAUAAUAAUAAUAAUAAUAAUAAUAGUUUAAUACCGCCAACAUCAUUAAAUUUUAAAAAUAUUCGUAUUAGUGAUCAUGGUGAAAAAGUUACAUCGCCUUCAGCCUUAAUGAAUCAACAUAACCAUAUAAUUUCACCAACAACAUCACCUUCUAAACCGCCUAAAAAUAGGUCAAAAUUAUUAAUGUCAAAUUAUCAUGAAGAUGGUUUAAAUGAAUUAAUCAAUUCUAAUAAUAAUAAUAAUAAUAAUAAUAAUAAUAAUAAUAAUAAUAAUAAUAAUAAUAAUAAUAAUAAUAAUAAUAAUAAUAAUAAUAAUAAUAAUAAUAAUAAUAAUAAUAGUAAUAGUAAUAAUAGUAAUAAUAAUAAUAAUAAUAAUAAUAGUAAGAUAACACCACAACCACCUAAAAAUAUAUCAUUAAGAUUUGCAAGUUCUGCUAUUUCAACACCAAAAGUUGAAAGUGAUGAGGAUGAUAGUAAUGAUGAAAGAGAAGAGGAAGAAGAAGAAGAUGAUCAUGAAGAAAAUGACAAUGGACUUGAACAAAAAGAAGAUAAAAAAUUUAAUCAAGAUGAAGAGCAUGAUAAAAUUGAGCAAUUAUAUAAAGAGAAAUCAUCUUCAAUUGAACAAUUAAAUAAAUUAUUAGAACAAACUACAAAUAAAACAUCAUUAUCAUCAUCAUUACCACCAUCACCACCAAUAAUUCCAUUUUCAACAAAUACAAUAAAUAAUAAUAAUAUUAAUAAUUUUCCAUUUGAUUCAAUUAAAUCAACAUCAACAAUAACAGCAGCAACAACAACACAAAUAAUUAAUAAUAGUGAAAAUGAUAUAAGUUUAAAUGAUAAUGAAGAAGAAGAAGAUUAUUGUGAUAGUGAUAUUGAUGGUGAAGAUUUUUCAAGUGUAAAUAUUGAUUAUAAUGAAAGAUUUCAAGAGAUUAUGGAAGAUUUAAGAAAUAUUGAUUGUAAUUCAUUACAAAGCGAAAAGAUUAAAGUUAAUAGUCAAUUCAUUGCGUUGACACAAGAUUUCGUUUAUGCAUCUUCAACCUUUGGAAAAGUAAUUAUCUCUGAGAGAUACUUACCAAAUAGUGAAAAGACAAUUCCAUCGAUUGAUAUUGGUGGAUUGGCAGGUGGUGAUAAAUUCAUUGUCCAUGGUAUACUAUUCAAGUUUGCAAUUGAUCGUGAAGAAUUUUAUGGUAGCGAUUAUGCAUCAAUGUGUGUUGGUGGUCAUGAAUUAAAGGGAUUGAUCAAUGUUUUCAAUUGUAAUGUCUCGAAUCUAAGUUUACCAUUGAUGGCAUUGGUUGAUUAUAGAGGCUUCAGAGUUAUUGCAAUGUCAAUUUUACCAGUGGAGAAGGAUUCAAUCUAUUAUGGUUCAAAUGAUUAUGGUUUGACAAUUCACAAUGAAGAUGAGUAUCUUUCAAACAAGGUAAAAGAGGUAGCAACACUAUUGAAUAUUAAAGGUCAUAGAUGUGGUGAUAAUGGUACCUUUUUACAUUCACCAGCAGAUUUAGAGGGUCAUCGUGGUUUUGAUGGUAGAUAUUAUCUAUUGGAUUUCGCAAGACUUUACCCACCUGAAGCACCAAGAAAAGAGAUUAAAAUGGGUCAUCUCUAUAGAUUAUUAAGACCAGAAUUUGUUAGAAACUAUAAGAAACCAUUAUGUUCAGAUUCUUUUUCACGUUUCAUUAGAGGUCAUAAUGAGUUGGAGCAUAAUAGUGAAACUUUGGAAGCAACAAGUUAUCUAUUGAAUACAACGAUACCAGAAUUGGUGGAAGAAUUGAAUGGUGUUGAAAUAUCUACUUCAAAUGUUUACACUUUUCCAAUCACAGAAUCACUUCAUAGAAGUGGUGUUAAUGUUAGAUAUUUAGGUUACAUUCGUCAAUCUUGUCAAUCAUUGGAUAUGAAAUCAUUGAUUUUCAUUGAAAUGUGUGCACGUGUAGUUAAACAACAACUUCGUCAAAAACUUCGAUUCAAAAUGAAACAAGCAAAAAUUCCAUUGGAAGCACCUUAUCGUCGUUUAAUAGUUACCUACCUAAAUAGAAUUCUUGGUAUAAGUGAUAAAUCUGAUUUAUUUUGGAAUGAACGUAUGAAGAAAUAUUUAAUGAAAAAAUUUGAUAAAGGUUUAUUUGAAGAUGAAAUUCGUGGUGAUUCUUUAGUAUUGGGUUUAUCAUCAUUUUCAGAUCAUUUAAUUGAUGGAAAAUAUUUAUUAUUUAAAAGAAUUCAAAAGAUGACCGGUUUAAAAUUCACUCAUCGUAUUAAUGAAGAAUUUAGAUUACAACCAAAUUGUUGGUUACUUCGUGGUGAGAAUCCUUUGGAUAUAAAUGAUUUGGAUGAAAUUGGUAUUCGUGUCAAAUAUGUACCAUUUAUGAAUGUGGCUCAAGGUUAUCUAUUUAAAGUUAAGGGUGAAAUGUUAUUCAAUAGUGGUGAUCCAAUCGCAGCAAAUCGUUUCUUUAAAAUGGCUUUGGAAAAAUUAGAGACUGCCUUAGAGACUGAUCCAAACAAUGCAGAUACACUUUGCACAAUGGGUGAAGUUUAUUCACACUUGGGUGUUGGUGAUAUGCAAGGUGUUUCGGAAAUUCAAUUCUCUGAUAGAAAUAAUCCAGAUAUCGAUAAAGCUUUUGAAUAUUUUCAACGUGCAAUCUUUUCAAAUCCAAAUCAUACUGACUCUCUCUUUAGAUUUGCUCAACUUUUAGAACGUUGUGGUGAAUAUGAUUCCGCUGAAGAUUAUUAUCUCUCCUCUUUGAUUACCAAUCCAAAUAAUAUCGUUUGUUUACAAGAGUAUGGUAAUUUCCUUCAAUCUGCUCGUGGUGAUUGUGUUGCUGCUGAACAAUUCUUUAUGCGUGGUUCUGUUGAUCAUCAAUAUUUACAUAAUCUAAAAUUAAAACAACCUUCCUCAAAUAUUAAUAUUAGAAGUUCAAGUGGUUUAUUAAAAGUUAAAUCAAGUUCAAGUACAACAAGUAGUAAUAAUUUAAUACCUCUUAAUUUUGGUUCUUCAUCAAGUGGUAGUAAUAAUUCAAUUAGUUAUGAUUAUUCAUCUUCAAAUUCUUCAACAACUUCAACAAAUUCAACAAAUUCAACAAAUUCAACAAAUUCAACAAAUUCAACAAAUUCAACAAAUUCAACAAAUUCAACAAAUUCAACAAAUUCAACAAAUUCAACAAGUAGUAAUUCUUCUUCACCCUCUUCAUCAAUAAUUAAUAAUCAAAAUAAUACAAAUAAUAAUAAUAAUAGUAAUAAUAAUAAUAAUAACUCACAAUCAUCAUCACCAUCAACACUUAAUAUGAGAGGUAGUGGAAAUAAUAUUUUCAAUAAUGAUUUAAGAGGUAGCGGUGGUGUUAUUAGAUUAACCCCACCAUUUUUAGGUUUAAAUGGAAAAAAUGAAAAUUAUCGUGAUCAAGGAAUUGACUUAACUCCAAUAAGGGAGAAUAAUAUUAGGAAAUCAAAUGGGUCAACUCCAAGUCAUUCUCCAAGAGGUAGAAGUGGUAGUUUUGGUCUUUAUGGUGGUAGAGAAAGAGACAACAGUGCUGGUAGUAGUGGAAAUAAUAGUGACGGUGAAUUAUCCUCUUCUCCAUUACAAAGAAAAUUUAUGGUUCUCUAA